GAGAGAGAGAGAGAGAGAGAGAGGGGAGGCAGAAAGGAAACACACGCUCGCACCUCGCGCCUCCUGCACUGUGAUCUCGGGGUGAACGCUCGGUGAACGCUCGCCGAUCAGAAUGAGGGUGCAUCGUGGGAUCUGCGCCAAACUACAGGGCGGCUUCCUCAGACGAUGGUGGGCCGCCGUUGCGAUUGGAAUCCUGCUGAUAAUCCUGGCUGCCGUUCUGGCGGUUUUAUUCCCGAAUCUCAUUAACCUGGUCCUGGACAAAGAACUCGCGAUACGAGAUGGCGGUCGCACAUAUAAAUUCUGGAAGGAGCCGCCGGUUGUGCCGCGUAUGCAAAUUUACAUUUACAACGUGACGAACGCUGACGAGUUUCUGAACAACGGCGAGAAACCGGCAUUGCAAGAGCUUGGUCCAUACGUUUACAAUCAGCAUUGGGAAAAAGUGGACAUUAAAUUCAACGACAAUGGAACCGUCACCUAUAAAGUCAAAAAAACAUUCGUCUUCUCUCCGGAACUGUCAGCCGGUUCCGAGGAAGAUCUGGUGGUCGUACCAAAUGUCCCAAUGCUGUCGGCAACCAGCCAAUCAAAACACGCCGCCCGUUUCCUACGACUAGCGAUGGCGUCCAUCAUGGACAUUUUGAAAAUCAAACCGUUCGUCGAGGUGUCCGUCGGCCAGUUGCUCUGGGGCUACGAGGAUCCUUUGCUCAAACUGGCCAAGGACGUCGUGCCUAAGGAACAGAAAUUGCCCUACGAUCAGUUUGGUCUGCUUUACGGCAAGAACGCGACUGGGACGGAUCUGUACACGAUAUUCACGGGCAUCAACGACAUUACCAAAUUCGGCUUAAUGGACAGGUGGAACGGUAAGGACGGCCUCGGUUUUUGGACCACGCAGGAAUGCGACUCCAUCAUGGGCACCGACGGCAGCAUAUUCCCGCCUCACAUCACGAAGGAGACCGUGCUCAAGGUCUUCGACAAGGAUCUCUGCCGGACGUUGCCGCUGGUUUAUCAGCGCGACGUGAUAGCCGCUGGUGGGAUUCCCGGCUACAGAUUUUCCCCACCGACAAACGUCUUUACCUCGGUAGAGAAUCUGCCGUCGCAGCAAUGUUACUGUCCAGCUGGACCACCAUGUGCGCCAGAAGGUACAUUCAACGUCUCCUUGUGCCAAUACGACUCGCCGGUUCUCCUUACUUUCCCACAUUUUUACCUCGGUAAGUAUCACGUAACGCGCAAUUUCUGGGCGCUGCAGCGGCCGAAGCCUUGUUUACAAAUCACUCUCGCAACAAAACUCGAAACUAUUUUUAGUCAUCGUUAAUUACAGAAUUACUUAUCAGAAUUACUUGCGAGAUUUCGAAGUCGAACGAUACGUACGUCGAGUCGAGAUGACGCAAAACGGUUGGGUAACACACGGCGAAUGUUGCGUAUUAUUUUCAUCGCAAUUAUUAUUAUUAUUAUUAUUAUUAUUAUUGUUGUUGUUGUUAUUAUUGUUAUUAUUAUUAUUCUCGGGAUUGAUCGCGGGCUUCCCUCCCUAAUCGUAAGACUCGCGAUACACAUCAUCCGAUACUUGACGUAAUCACCGUGUCAUGAAUCUCCGACGCUCGUGCGAAUUUAAUACGCGUCGCUCAGACCGAUCGUUACGCGAUCAAUCUCUCGCGUGUGUAUCUAAAAGUGUAUCGUCUUACGUAAGCGCGACACAGCGCAUAGCGUUGCCACGAAUUAUUUUCUUAGCAGAUUAUUCGCGAUAAAUUUAUUUGCGUCACGCAUUGCGUCACGCAUGCGCAUAUUCCUUUCCUUCAUUCGACGAACGAUUUGUCGCGCGACCGCUCGGCAAUUCGUCGCGAUUUUUCGCGACAAAUGUCCUGCGAAUCGGGCGAAUAUUGACGAACGUUCCUCGCUCUUCUUUCGCGUUUCCUCUUCCUUCACCCUGGGGCGGGUAUCCGGCCGAUUUGACAGCCGAUAUUAUAUCGUUUAAGUGCGUGAUCCAGUUUCGCGAGAUCUUUAUCGAGAUCUAGCGCUGUCGCGCCGCUUCCGGCUCCGCGCCACGGCGAGACUACGAGAACGGUCCGUUACCACGAGGCCUCCAUUUUUUUUUUUUUCCUCCGCAUCUCAGGAACAAUCUCUUUCUCUCACGCGUCCCCUGCCGCGAUUCUCCCACGGAAUAUUAUACGAGGCUCUUUCUCUCUCGCGCCUCUCAAGUUCUUUCGCGCCCUCCCCCUGCCCCCCCCCACUUUUACUUUCAACGUUCCGGAUUUUAGGCGACGUUCCAGUAGACACUUCGUUUCACCGCCGUGCGAAAUCGUUUUCUCGCUGCAAAACAAAGUUGUACGCGGCUCCUUCUCGCGGGGAUACCAGAUGAUACCUCGGUAGUACAAGAGAUUCGAGCGAGAGAUAUCCGCUUUGAAUUUCUCGGCGAAUCUUAUGUGAGGUUAUUUUUUUAAACAACUUUCGCAAACUACUCCUCGUAACUUCUUCUCGAAAGCGAGAUGAUUAUUUUGCAUUAAUACUUAUAUAACAACACGUCAGCUCUUAAGAGCCGCAUUUAAUUAUAAAUGCGAAAGUAAUAAUG